CUGUUGUUGGCUUGACAACACUGUUACUGUGACAACAUCCUUCGAGCGCUGCUGCCCUUGACUGACCCACGUGAGGCAAUCUAGCCUCUCAGAAUCUUGCUUCGCCGGUAUAGCUAUCGAAAGUAACUAGCUGAAGGGCUUAAAUCGGAGAGAAUUGGUUCCAACAUCUACUUGUUUCAGUCUUACGUUCUGCUCCACUUAAUUUGACGUCCGGUUAAAAAUGUCUGGUCACAGUAAAUCGGUGCUGUUUUUACUGCAGCGGUGUGUCGCAGUUGGGCAGGUAACGUUGUCAACGGGGAUCAAAAAGGGCAGCGUUUUGUCAAGCAAGUUAAUUCAGCAGCGAACAUGGACAUCAAAAGCCCUGACAGUCUGUCUGCAGAGACCGUGUGAGCUCCAGUCUGCAGUGAAAACCAGCCAGUACAGCUUCUGUACCAAGGCAGGAACAUCUUGUGAAGAUGAAUACCCUCCACUGCCGGCCUACCAGACUGAUCCAGAACCAGAGAAGAAGGACGUGUUCAUUGUGCAGGUUAAAGGCUUACCUUGGUCGUGCUCGGUUCAGGACCUUCUGCAGUUCUUCUCAGAGUGUAGGAUCCGUGAUGGUGAGAAGGGAAUUCAUCUCCCUCUGGACCGGAUGGGGAGGCCGUCAGGUCGAGCCUUCUUGGAGCUGGAGCACGAGGAGGACGUCAGUAAAGCUCUGGAGAAGCACCGGCAGUACCUCGGUCCACGCUAUGUUGAAGUGUAUGAAGUGUCCAACUGUGAUGCAGAAGAUCUGAAGAAUACCAUCCAGACUCCAGCUGAGGACGGGGUGGUCCGGCUCAGGGGUCUUCCUUUCAGCUGCAAUGAGGCAGACGUGGUGCAGUUCUUCUCAGGUUUAGAUAUCGUGCAGAACGGAAUCACCUUAGUGAAAAAUACCAAAGGGAAGAAUUCUGGAGAGGCCUACGUGCAGUUUUCCUCUCAAGAAGCGGCCAAUAAAGCCCUACAGAGAGACCGAGAGGUCAUCGGGAAUAGAUACAUUGAGGUGUUCCCCAGCAAACGUGCAGAGAUUCGUACUGAAUGGCAAAGGAGGUCGAGUUCAUCCUCUCCUCAAACCAGCUAUCAAAUGCCCCUAAACCAGGCCUACCCUAGAACUGGACUCCGUCAGAGCUCGGCCCCCCCAGUUCAUUUCAUCCACAUGAGAGGACUUCCCUUCCAGGUUUCCGGAGAAGACAUUGUAGAGUUUUUCUGUCCCCUGAAGGUCUCAAAGAUCCUGAUCGAAUGUGGUCCUGAGGGGAGGCCGAGCGGAGAGGCUGACAUUUUCUUCAGCUGCCACCAGGACGCCACCACUGCCAUGACCAAAGACAGGCAGCACAUGGGAGAAAGAUACAUCGAGUUAUUCCUGAACUCUGCUCCAGACUGUAAUGGAAGGUGAAUGUCGACACAAAGAUGCCAAACACAUAAAUUGGACUCUUGUAUUUAUUCAUCGGCCUGACAUGUACAUCGAACAACAAUAAAUUACCUGGAUGUUAAGACAAACUCUGCUGUCACUGACUGCCCUACAACAGGGGGUUAUUUAGGGUUUCUACAAAUAUAUAAUAUGAUAGAAUAUAUGAAGUCUCUCCACUGAAUCAUUUUGUACAUUUACGUAUAUAUCACUGUGAUCAUUUACACACACUCUGCUGGACAAACUGUUUUUUAUCCCCCCCAAGAAUUUUGUUAUGCAUUAUAUUUUCUAUAAAAAGUCUUGUAUUGGCAUAUAGUGUCAAAAUAUGUACUUUGAUAUUCAUGGGCGGAUAAUAUUGGCUGGUGCUUAUGUAUAUUUUGGGGCUUUUGCCUUUAUUUGAUAGGACAGUGAUAGAGAAGGAAACCAAGGAGAGAGAGUGGGGAAUGGCAUGCAGGAAAGGAGAAAGGAGCCACAGGUCAAACUCUAACCUGAAAGGACUACAACCUCCUUUUAUGAGGCGCAUCCUAACCGCACGGCCAUCUGCGCCCCUUUCAUAAUAACUUCAUAGUCAAUUAGUAAAAUAAUAAUUUACUUGCUUGAAAUCAUAAAUCAUGAUGAAGCAGAUACCAAACAGUCAGUUUUCAAAAUAAGGGAAUAGGUCAGUGGAAUAAGACAAAGCUCAAUAAAAAUAAUACAGUUAUUUCUAUAAAUUGGGUACACAUAAUUAAGUCAACUUUAACUGUCAAGAUACACCUGAAUGUCACCAGGUGAAAAAGAUAGAAAAAGAAGAGUUUGAUAGAGGCAGUGGGGGAAAAAACUGAAAAGAAAAAUACAAAAAGAGAUGACAAGUAAGGGAUGAUGGGGACAAUGAAAGGGACAUUACUGCGUUGAAGUAUUACUUCAAAUCCAAAGGUAGGCUGUUAUGCAACUUAUUGAAUGCCAACUCCCUUUAAAAACCAACAAAGAAGAAGAAUGCCUGCAGGUGAAGUGAGAGUUAUUGUUCUUGGCAGACAAAAUAUUGACAUCAGCACCAUCAUUGGAAAAAAUACAAUUAGGUGUUGUUCAUGAUACAGUAUAUUUAGUUUUGGAAAUCACUGAGCAUGGUGAACUCAAAACUCCAAAAAGCUUCAACAUGUAGAAAUCUACUGAAAAGGAGGAAUUACACUACACUGGUGGAAAAAGUAUUCACUUAACUAAGUCGUCCUUUAUUAGAUAGAUAUAUACUUUAUUGGUUCUUAGGGAUAUUCAAACAUUACUAUUAAAAACUAGAUUUGAGGGUGAAUGUUGUGUUGCCCUUCAAAAUAAAAGGUCGCUUUGAGUGGUGAAAAACAUUGCAGAAGGAUCUUUUUUUUGAUCUGAAAUAUGUUGAAGUAGAAAAAGGAAUCGGGGGGGGGGGGGUGCUGCUUAUCUUUAAUAAUUUAAAAUGUCCUCUAAAAUACUUCAUGAAAGAAAACACACGAGUAAAAGUGAAUAAAAGUUUAUUGAUCAAAGAA